AUGGGCGAGACCAUGUCCAAGCGGCUCCGCCUGCACCUGGGCGCCGAGGCGGAGAUGGAGGAGCGCGCGUUCGCCAACCGCUUCCCGGACUACGAGGCCGCCGCCGCCGCCGCCGCCGCCGCGGCCGAGGACGCGGACGACGCCAGCCCCGCGCCCGCCCCCGACGGGCUCGGCCUCCCGUUUCACGACGACGGGAAGAUCAUUCCCACCUUCACAAGGCGGAUCCAGACCAAAAUCAAAGAUCUGCUUCAGCAGAUGGAGGAAGGGCUGAAGACGGCCGACCCACAUGACUGCUCUGCUUACACUGGCUGGACAGGCAUAGCGCUGCUGUACCUGCAGCUGCACCGGGUGACGGGUGACCAGACCCACCUGCUGCGGUCCCUGGAUUACGUCAAGAGGACGCUUCGGAACCUGAGCGGCCGCAGGGUCACGUUCCUCUGUGGAGACGCGGGGCCGCUGGCCGUGGGCGCGGUGGUGUACCACAAGCUCAGGAGCGACGGCGAGUCCCAGGAGUGCAUCGCAAAACUUUUGCAGCUCCAGAAAUCCAUCGUCUGCCAAGAUUCGGACCUCCCCGACGAGCUGCUCUACGGCCGGGCCGGGUACCUGUACGCCCUCCUCUACCUGAACACGGAGAUCGGGCCGGGCACCGUGUCUGAGUCGGCGGUCAGAGAGGUCGUCACUGCUAUCAUUGAGUCAGGCAAGGCUCUGUCGAGGGAGGAGAGGAAGGCGGAGCGCUGCCCCCUGCUGUACCAGUGGCACCGGAAGCAGUAUGUGGGGGCCGCCCACGGCAUGGCCGGCAUCUACUACAUGCUGAUGCAGCCAGCAGCAAAAGUGGACCAGGAAACGCUGGCCGAGAUGGUGAAGCCCAGCAUUGACUACGUCCGCCACAAGCGCUUCCGCUCCGGCAAUUACCCGUCGUCGCUAAGCAACGAAACGGACCGGCUGGUCCACUGGUGCCACGGGGCCUCGGGGGUCAUCCACAUGCUCCUGCAGGCGUACAAGGUGUUCAAGGAGGAGAAGUACCUGAAGGACGCCAUGGAGUGCAGCGACGUCAUCUGGCAGCGCGGCCUGCUGCGCAAAGGCUACGGGCUCUGCCACGGCACAGCCGGCAACGGCUACUCCUUCCUGUCCCUGUACCACCUCACCCAGGACAGGAAGCACCUCUACCGCGCCUGCAAGUUUGCGGAGUGGUGUCUGGACUACGGUGCCCACGGAUGCCGCAUCCCUGACAGACCCUACUCCCUCUUCGAAGGCAUGGCUGGUGCGAUCCACUUUCUCUCCGACGUCCUGACCCCCGAGACAUCCCGGUUCCCGGCGUUUGAGCUUAGCCCUUCGCAGACGGAUAAAAAGAUGUAA